CGGCGCUGGAGAAAAGAUCCGGAACGGGAUAUGGAGCCGGCGUUCUACUUUGCACUCCCCGGACACAGUUAGAUGCUGUACCGGACCUGGUUACCAUGGUAACGGGAGUCGCGGUUUGUCUAGACACUGACUGAAGAGGUUCUGGAGGCCUAUCUCAUCACCAAUCAUGAGGGCAUCCUCAAAGGGCCUUCUCACCCAGAUUUCCCAGUUCUGGAAUAUGCUCGACGAUUUGGCUGAAAAUGAUCCUGAGCGCUACAAGAACUUUAUUGAACAGGAGCUAAAAGAUGGAAAAAAGCUCUGUGUGGACCCAGAACCACAAUUCUGCCUACAGACCAAGAUCCUAAAACCAAAAGAAAAAAUACUUUUUGUCAACCUAUGUCAAUGGAAAAGGAUCAUGGCUCCCCAGUCAGCCACUCAUCCUGUACCUGUAUAUGUUGGCAGACCAGAAGAUAUCUCUGAGGCAUCAGGUUCAUAUACAGUCAUCAAUGUUGCCUACAAUCCUGGUGUUCUGCAAGCAGCAGAAAAAGACCCUGGCAUCAAAGACCAGUUAAUAAAAAUGGCCAUGCAUUGCAUUGAGGAACGAUUCCAGUUCACACUCACACAUUCGUACCAUGUUACUAGUUUUAAAAUAAAAGGAAGCAUUCCUAGAAUGAAAGAAAAUCUGAUGGGCACUAAAACUGACUUCACAGGCUUCAAAGGGAUAAUGGGAACAGAAAAUACUCUUGAAAACAUCAGAAAGAGUACUGAAAGUGAACCAAAUCACCUUCCUCAGGUGCUGCUGACAAAAAAACAAGCAUCAUCAGACAAGGGACGAUGUCUCAUAGAGGAGAUUUCUAGUUCAGAAAUCCAGGUGGAGGUUAAGAAACCAGCUUAUGAAUUAAAGGUUGUAAAGGAUCAGAAUGAGAAACCUCUGAAAAUUGAAGUGAAAAUAGAGUUACCUGGGAUUAACUCAGUCUCUCUCUGUGAGCUUAGUGUUUCUGAGGUUGAUUUAUUGAUUGAGGUCUCUGAGAAGUACCGAUUAUUCCUGAAUCUUCCAGAAUCAGUUAAUACAGAAAUGACUACAGCAAAAUUUGUCAAAAAUAAGUCUGAAUUAUUCAUUACAAUGCCAUUGGCAUAAAAACAGUG